AUGAGAAGGAGUAACAUCCCCUCAUCAUCAGAUCUCAAGCAAGCAGAAGAAAAAAGUAGCACCAACAUGAAAGAAAUGAUGAGAAAUACGUCAACUUCAUCUUCAUCGUAUGAUCAUAAUGAGAUCAAGAAAAAAGAGGAGUCUGCAGAAAUUAAUCAUAAGAAACUAGAGAGGAAAACUACAGAAGACGUUAAUGCUAGUGCUGAUGCAUUCAUCAAGAACUUCAGGCAACAGUUGAUGAUUCAAAGGCUUCAAUCCAUUGAGAAUUAUGAGAAAAUGCUUGCAAGAGGUCUCUAA